AUUUCUUUCACAAAUCAAUCAUCACCCUCCCUUCCCCAAAAGAUUUUGGAAGCACACGCCACUGCGAGGUGGGCCUCUUCCCGUCCCCGUCUCUGCCUGCCCAGCCAACAGCCAUUCCUCUCCUCCAGUCCUCCUCGCAUCACUCGACUCGACUCGACUCGCUCGCUCCACCGACCACCGUGCGCCCGCGGGCGGCGCGGCUUUGCUCCACUCCACUCGCGCCGGGGCGGUUUCCGUCGCCGCCAGGGCACCGCCCGUGACACCCUGAUCUCCCUUCACCUACUCGUGGAUUCGAUCCCAUCCAGCCCGUCCCGUCCCUCUCCCACCCUUUCCAGAUCUGCCUGCGAGCCCCCGCCACGCACCCUCAUGACCACCACUACCCCCCGACGCGCAUCACGCGAGGGGAGCGUCACUACUGCUGCCGCCGCCAAUGGCUCUCUGCCCUGACCGAGCCCAUGGACGACCUCACCGUGGGGGGCCUCGCGCUCUUCGCCGCCGUCGCUGACUUCAUAGACGACUCCGCUCCCGCGAUGCCGCAGCCAGCGGCGGCCAGCACCGCGCACGAGCCCGAGCCCGAGCCCGGGAGCCCCUGCUCAGUCGCCAGCGACUGCAGCAGCGUCGCCACCGCCGACUUCGAGGGAUUUGCCGACCUCGGCUCCGCGCUCGUGCUCGACGACCUCGUCUCCUCCGCCUCCACCUCCGCCAGCUCUGCCUCCGGGCCCAGGGCCGCCGCCGCCGCUCCCGCCAGGAGCGUCUUCGCGCUCGACUGCGUGCCGCGCUGGGGGCUCCAGUCCGUGUGCGGCCGCCGACCCGAGAUGGAGGACGCCGCCCGCGUGCUGCCAACCUUCUUCCACGUCCCGCUCUGGAUGCUCGCCGGCGACGCGCCCGUCGACGGCCUCGACCGGGCGUCCUUCCGCCUCCCCGCGCACUUCUUCGGCGUCUACGACGGACACGGCGGCCUCCAGGUCGCCAACUACUGCCGGGAGAGAAUCCACGAGGUACUGGCAGAGGAGCUCACCAAGGCAGAGGAGGCCGCGUCCGACGCUGACCUGGGUGGCCUCGACCCUAACACUCAGAAGCACUGGGAGAAGGCCUUUGUGGGCUGCUUCAGCCGUGUUGAUGCAGAGGUGGGAGGAGACGCGGCGACCGAAGCCAAGCCUGUGGCUCCAGACACCGUGGGCUCAACAGCGGUGGUUGCGCUUGUCUGCUCAUCGCAUGUCAUCGUUGCCAACUGUGGCGACUCGCGAGCGGUGCUCUGCCGGGGCAAGCAGCCUGUGGCGCUUUCCGUGGACCAUAAACCAAACAGGGAAGAUGAGUAUGCAAGGAUUGAGGCCCAGGGUGGCAAGGUCAUCAAUUGGAAUGGCUAUCGAGUCCUCGGUGUUCUCGCCAUGUCCCGGUCAAUUGUCACAGGAGAGCCUCAGUGUACUGUUUUGAUGCCUUUGUUUCAGCGUUCCAAUCCACUUCACUUAAAGUUGACUACAACCGAUCCAAAUAGACUUGUGGAUGAAAAGGGGACAGAUACCUGAAGCCAUAUAUUAUCCCAGUCCCUGAGGUCACAAUUGUCGCCCGUGCAAAAGAUGAUGAGUGCCUAAUUAUUGCAAGUGAUGGCCUCUGGGAUGUGAUGUCAAACGAGGAGGUAUGUGAUGCUGCUCGCAAGCGCAUACUGCUGUGGCACAAGAAGAAUUCAGAUGCCUCAUCGUCAGCCCAAAGAAGCGGUGAUUCGCCAGAUGAAGCGGCUCAAGCAGCUGCUGAGUAUUUAUCGAAGCUGGCUCUCCAUAAGGGGAGCAAGGACAACAUAACCGUAAUUGUAGUCGACCUCAAGUCACAUAGGAAGAUCAAGAGCAGAGCAUAACCGUGGAUUCGGUAAGACUUGGACAGUAGAAAUGGUUGUUACUACACUAGGACGCUAGAAAGGUGGAGAAAAGGCUCCUGUUCAGUCUGCUGCACAUGUACACUGGUUGGCCCAACACUAGUCUUUUUCCACAACCAUAUAGGCUGCCACGUUUGUUCAGGGACUCAUACACAGAUCUAAUCUGGUUAGAAAUUGGGCUGACGAAGUAAGGUAAAUCUGAAAUAUAUAUAUAACAUACAUAUGUAGAUUCCAAAUAGCUAUUACUGACUGGGUUUGGGGCAUUGUUUCUGUUUCUAACAGGUAAAGGUACAAUAGAAACCGCCAGCAUUAAACUGUACCUGUGCUACUUGUGUUUUGGUAUAUUGAUGUCUAGGAGUAGCAGAUUAGCAGUGCAAAGAAUACUACGAUACCCCAAGUUGUUUCUGCAACAAAUGUUAUGUGCAUGUAUAUCAUAAAAUAAGACCAUCUGUAAUAUGAAUUCAAUUCUUGGCAUCCGACGUUAUUAAUUCAGUUGAUUGCCAACAGGAUGGUUGUUUUGCUGCUGA